UCAAUUAAAGUCAUCGUGUGUACUGCUGAGAAAUACAUAUAACUGAUAUAAUUUAUCUUUUUGGAAUUGCAUAAAAUAAUUGCAAACAUGAAAGCUGCGGAAUUUCUCAAUAUGAUAAUGUGCCGUGAUCAGGUGCAAGUGAUGUGUUUUGAGGGUGGACCCACAUUUGAAUUUGGCUUCUGGAGUUUGGCUACUCUGCUAAUGAUGUGGCUGUUCUACAGGUGGCGUGAGGGCCCUUCAUAUGAAAAGACCAACCGCAUAGAUGGCAAAGUGGUGAUUGUAACCGGCAGCAAUACCGGCAUAGGCAAAGAAAUUGCCUUGGAAAUGGCCAAACGGGGUGCUCGUGUUAUAAUGGCCUGCCGUGAUUUCGAUAGGUGUGAAAAGGCCAGAAGAGAAAUAGUGCAAAUGUCGGGUAAUACCAAUGUUUUCAAUCGCACCUUGGACUUGUCCUCUUUGCAAUCGGUGCGGGAGUUUGCUGCCAAAUUUAAUGAGGAGGAAAAUCGUUUGGAUAUUCUUAUCAACAAUGCUGGCAUUAUGGCCACCCCACGCAGACUAACAGUGGAUGGCUAUGAACAGCAGUUUGCGGUAAAUCAUUUGGGUCACUUUUUACUCACCAAUUUGCUGUUGGAUAAACUAAAAUCUUCGGCACCCAGUCGUAUAGUGGUCUUAAGUUCUUUGGCUCACAUCUUUGGUCAGAUUCAAAGAGACGAUAUCAACAGUGAGCGCAGCUAUAAUGCCUUCAAGGCCUAUGGGCAAAGUAAAUUGGCCAACAUUUUAUUUACCCGAAAAUUGGCUAAAAUGCUUAAAGACUCCAAGGUGGAUGUUAAUUGCCUACAUCCUGGUUCGGUUAAAAGUGAAUUGGCACGCUAUAAUAUAUUCCUAAAAGUGGGUAGUGACCUUACCUCCAACUUGUUUUUACGCUCCACCAAAGGUGGCGCUCAGACAGCCUUAUAUUUGGCCUUAGAUCCUGAAUUGGAGGGAGUCUCAGGUGGUUAUUAUGAUCGCAUGGCCUUGGUGCCAUUACCACAGAAAGCUCGCGAUGAUGAAAUGGCUGACUGGUUGUGGCGCAAGAGUGAAGAAAUGGUUGCCCUGAAAAAGACUGAUUGAGGAGCAUGGAUAUGCUAACUACGGUCAAGAGGACAAAUUAUUUAUAAGUUUAUAUUGUUGAAGAUUGUUUUGUAAAUAUCCAAAAAUAAGCUAAAAAUACACAAAUAUGAAAAAUAAAA